AACAGCAUAUCAGCCAUCAACGAGAGAGUCUGUCUUGACCGUGAUUGACCGCACAUACAUAUCCGCCACGUAUGUAGGUUUUGUCUCAAGUGACUCUAAUAAUCACUGCAAAAUCUUUUCCUUUGCUUUUCACAAAGAGAAAAAGAAAUAAACAAAAAUGAGUUGUGUUCGUUGUUGUUUAAUCAGUGCUGGUCGCAUUGCAGUCUCUAAUCAUGUAGCAAAUCAUGUUCACAAAGUUGUAAGAGUAGCUAUUACUAGAUCAUUGACAUUUAGUAGUAGCUUGGGAAAAGCACCCACCGAACCUACUCCACCUGGUAAAGAUUCUAGUAGUGGAGUGUCCUCUGUUGGAAACGGUGGAGGCAAGAAGAGCACGCUUACUUGCCCAAAAUGCGGUGACCCUUGUACACAUGUAGAGACUUUUGUAUCAUCAACAAGGUUUGUUAAAUGUGAGAAAUGCCAUCACUUUUUCGUUGUUCUAUCAGAGGUAGAUUCAAAGAGGAGCCUUAAAGAAGCUUUAAGGCCAGAUGAUACGAAACAAGGAUUUUAUAGAAAACCACCACCACCACCAAAGAAGAUUUUUGAGUACCUAAACAAACAUGUUGUAGGUCAAGAAUAUGCAAAAAAAGUUUUGAGCGUUGCUGUUUAUAAUCACUACAAACGAAUCUAUAAUAAUUUUCCAGUGCAAAAUUCAAUGCCAGGUUCUAUUAAUGCAAGUGGUACACAAGAUUUGAAUCAUCCCUUCACUCAUAGAGGUCUUAAACCACACUUAUUACAUAUUUCAACGAUUGGAAAUUCACUUGGUGUCGGAUUUCAACAGUAUCCUACAGGAAAUGAACAUAAAUCGACUGAUAGUCAAUCAGUCUCUGGAUCUGAUAUUCUGGAUAGUAAGCAGCAUCAGUUGAAAUUAGAAAAAAGUAAUAUUUUGUUACUUGGCCCAACUGGUAGUGGAAAAACAUUGCUUGCACAAACAAUAGCUCAAUGUUUGGAUGUACCAUUUGCAAUUUGUGAUUGUACAACACUGACACAAGCAGGAUACGUUGGUGAAGAUAUAGAAAGUGUUAUCGCGAAAUUACUUCAAGAUGCUAAUUACAUAGUGGACAGAGCACAAAUGGGUAUUGUAUUUUUAGACGAAGUUGAUAAAAUUGGCGCUGUUCCUGGUAUACAUCAACUGCGAGACGUUGGUGGGGAAGGUGUCCAGCAGGGAAUGUUAAAAAUGUUAGAGGGUACGAUUGUGAACGUACCUGAAAGAAAUAGUUCUAGAAAAUUACGCGGAGAUACAUUGCAAAUCGAUACUACAAAUAUUUUAUUUGUUGCUUCUGGUGCUUACAAUGGAUUAGAUAGAUUGAUUUUGCGACGUAAAACUGAAAAAUAUCUUGGAUUUGGUGCAUCACCAUCUUCUGAAAGUCCAGGAAGGCGUGCUGCAAAUUUAGCAGAUGUUGCAAAUAUGUCACCUUCUACAGAAAAGGACAACAAAGAAAAAGAUUUACUACUACAGCAGGUUGAAGCAAGAGAUUUAAUUGAUUUUGGUAUGAUUCCCGAAUUUGUUGGCAGAUUUCCAGUUUUAGUACCAUUUCACACCCUUGACAGAGAUAUGCUCGUUAGAAUACUGACGGAGCCUCAAAAUGCUAUGGUGCCUCAAUAUCAAAUGUUAUUUUCAAUGGACAAAGUAGAAUUAACGUUUACUACGGAGGCUCUAAGCGCGAUAGCGUCAUUAGCUAUGGAAAAGAAAACAGGUGCAAGAGGCCUUCGAGCUAUCAUGGAAUCAUUACUUUUGGAACCUAUGUUUGAAGUACCAGGUAGUGAUGUUAUGUCCGUCCACGUUACCGAAGGAUGUGUACGAGGACAAGAGAAACCGCAGUAUAUCAGAAGAGGUGAUGUUACCGAAGAAGAAUUACAUGCUCAGCAUAUACAGAAUUAACAAAUAAUUCGUACUAAAGAUACGCCGCAUAUUUGAUUGAUUUCUUGAGAAAAUCAUUCUCGAAAUUAUAUUUUGCGGUAAUAGUUUUCGGCCCGAUAUAAAUUUGUAAAUAA